AUGAUCACGCUGACACCGCUCUCGUCCUCGGCGACAUCGGUAUCGCCGGACGAGCCGGUGUCCUACUUCCUCGAGCUCGACGAUGCGCGGAUAUUGCUGGACAUGGGACAACGCGAUUACCGUGCAUCGGCACAGCAGACGUCCUGGGAGUACGAGGAGAAGAUUCGGGACCCGACACAGUACCUCGGGCUUUACGCUUAUGCUCGUGCACAUUGGGGUCUCAAAUGUCCCGUCUACGCUACGCAGCCGACGGUAGAGAUGGGCCGAGUCGUGAGCCUGGCCGAGGCUGAGAGCUGGCGUGCCGAGUGCCCCGUCUCGGACGAGGAAGGCGAGUUUAAGGGCCCCUUCGUGCCCACAACAGAGGAGAUCCACGAGGCGUUCGACCACAUCAAGGCGAUCCGGUACAACCAGCCAUUGCAUCUCGGCGGCGAGCUUAGCCACCUGCUCUUGACGCCGUUCCCCUCCGGACAUGUGCUGGGAGGCACACUGUUCAAGAUCCGUUCCCCGACGAGCGGUACCGUGCUCUACGCAGUCGGUAUCAACCAUACGGGAGAGCGCCAUCUCGACGGAAUGGUCACGGGCCAGGGCGGUCUGCAAGGAUACGCAGAGGACAUUCGACGACCAGACCUGCUCAUCGUUGAGGGAGGAAGGAGCAACGCCGUCAACGCCAAGCGAAGAGAACGCGAGACCGCCAUCCUCGACCUCGUCACUGCGACGCUGGCGGGCGGACGAUCAGUGCUCAUGCCGUGUGACGCGAGCCCGCGUCUGCUCGAGCUGCUCGUCCUGCUCGACCAGCACUGGAGCUUCAAGCGAACAGCGGCUCCGGGCGGACCGGCAGCGCAGUGGAACCACCCGCUCUGCCUUGUCAGCCGGACAGCGCAGGACAUGGUGUCGUUUGCGCGCUCGCUGUUGGAGUGGAUGGGCGGUGUUGUGCGUGAAAGCGGAGCCGACGACGUCGUUGCCGCCCUCGACCGGAGAAAGGGCCGCAAGCGCAAGGCGCUCGUGAAUCUUGGCUCGGAGUACGGAGCACUGGACUUCAGCCACGUACAGUUCUUCGCGACGCCCGAAGAGCUGCUCGAGAAGUACCCCGCGAACCGACCAAAACUCGUUCUCGCGAUCCCGCCGACUAUGUCGCAUGGCCCGUCUCGCACGCUGUUCGCAUCCAUGGCCAGCGUUCCGGGCAAUGUCGUCCUGCUGACGGGACACGGAGAGGACCGGACUCUGGCGCGCGAGCUCUACGCACGCUGGGAAGCGCACCAGGAUGAGGGUGCGCACUACGGACACGGCAAGAUCGGCCAUGCCACGCCGAUGGAGGGUCGUCUUGAGCUCGAGUUGGACGCCAAGGAGCCGCUCUCUGGCGAGGAGCUGGAGGCGUACGAGACUGCCGAGCGGGAGAAGCGCGAGCGCGAGGCGGCGCACCAGGCCGCCCUGGAGCGGAACAACCGCAUGCUCGAGGCCGACGAUCUGGAGAGCGACUCGGAUUCUGACUCUGAGGCGGGCGACCUGGCCGGUCUGCACCAGGAGGGCGCGAACGCUUUUGCCGGCGACGGCGAGGAUGCACGGACAAUGUCCUUCGACAUCUUCGUCAAGGGCCAGAGCGUGUUGCGCGGAACGCGCUUCCGUAUGUUCCCCUACAUUGCCAAGGGACGCAAGGUCGAUUCCUUCGGCGAGGGUCUGGACGUCGGUCAGUGGAUUCGCAAGGGCCGCGAGAUCGAGGAAGACGGCGAGACGGAGGAGGUCCGCGCGGCGAAGCGCCGCAAGGCCGCCGAGGAGGAGAAGGCGAAGCAAGCCCCGGAGCCGCCGAGCAAGUUUGUCUCGUCCAUCGUCGGCGUGGACCUGCACGCGAGCAUCGCCUACAUCGACAUGGCAGGCGAGCACGACGGGCAAGCGAUUCGCACCAUCGUAACCGACCUGGCGCCGCGAAAGCUCGUCGUUGUGAAAUCCACGACCCCCGCAUCCGAGGCGCUGAAGGCGUACUUUGCGCAGACGCCCAAGAUUACGCACGACGCGUUCUACCCCGGCCCGUACCAGCCGAUCCAGAUUGGAGAGCACGUGCAGUCGUACAGUCUGCAGCUGGGCGACAGUAUGGGCCGCCUGCUCGCGGGCCGCCUGAGCCGGUUCGAGGGGUACGAGAUUGCCAUGGUGCAGGGCAAGCUGGCCUACGCUACCGGCUCGACGGUGCCCAUCCUCGAGUCGGCCGAUGUCGUCCUGCCCCCGCUCCAGGCCGAGGUCAAGGUCGAGGAAGAGGCGGACGCGGCCGCCGGCAAGGAAAAGGGUACGGCGCACGGGGGCGACACGGAGACGGACGCCGAAGCCAAGGCCGAGGCGGCCGCUGAGGCCGUGGGACCCGCCGGCGAGGCGGUCGAGGAGAAGGCAGAGGCGGAGGAGGACUCGCGGGAGGCCGUGACGGAUGCGCCGGCGACGGCAGCGACGGCCGAGACGAAUGCGGACGACGAGGCUGCAGCGGAGCAAACUGCCGUCAAGGCGGCCGCGGACAUUGAAGCUGCGGUGAAGACUGAGCCUAUCGAGGUCGAGGAGAACGCAGACGAAAACAUCAUCGACCCGGCCCACUCGCUCGCGGCCCGUGAAGCCCAGGCUCCCCCAAGUGGCCCGCUCACGCUCCCGAGUUCACUGUUCAUCGGCGACCUGCGCCUGCUCGCGCUCAAGAACCGGCUCGGCACGCUCGGCAUCCCGGCCCAGUUCGCGGGUGAGGGUGUCCUCGUCUGUGGACCUGGCGUCGAGCCCGGCGCCAAGGGGAGUAUUGUGGCUGUCCGGAAGUUGGAGGAGGGCCGCGUCGUGCUCGAGGGCCCGGUCAGUGGCACGUACUUUGCAGUCAGGCGGGAACUGUACGGGAGCUAUGCGCAGGUGGCGGCGUGA